UAAAUAAAUAUCCACAUUGAGUUUCCACUUCAGUUUUCAGAGUUACAUGCUAACCACAGUAAAUUGUGCAAGCCGGCAAACAGAACAGGAAACUCUUCAAUUUGGCAUCCAGAAGGCGUUUUAUUAUAAAGAAAUAACUGUUUUAAUUCACAAUGAGCAAGACUUUCACAAAUAGGGCGUCCACUACCGGUACUCGCCCCACAAAUCCAGCAGCUAGGGGAAGGGGGAGGGGGAGGGGGGUUGGAAGAGGUCAAAUGCCACCAAAAAAUUCCAGAGAACCGAAACCGAAAAUGGACGAACAACAAGAACAGCAACCGCAGGAUCUGGAACAAAAAGUUGAACAUCGCGGUGGUUACUCCGUGAUAUCUCCUAAUGAGAAGAAGAGACAGGAAGUAACAAAACAGGCUGCCAAGGAAACAGAAGCUUAUGAGAAGCACAAACAACAGUCAAAACCAACUUAUGUGUCUUAUGUUGGAACAGUAGGAGGGGGUUCAGUAAGUGAAGAUGAGGUUAGAAAGAAAGCACAAACACAACAACGUCAGGCAAAGUAUAACCGUUUGCAAAAGAGUCAGCAAUGGAGAGAUGAGAAAAGACAGAGAGAAGAAGCUGAGUUUGAAAAGAAGAAAACUGAACAGAGGAGGAAGGCUGAAGAGAAGGAGAGGAAAGAUGCUGAGAGGGGAAAGGGGCUGAGAGAGGAACAUAGAAGACAUAAUUUAGCAUUUUUUGAGAAGAAAUUUGAGGCUCAGCAACAAACUCAGCAGCCAGAACCACAGAGAGAGAAAAUGCAGCAAAAGGCACCACCAGAAACUCGACCAAAGUCAAAACCCAAAAGUUCAAUAAAAUCAGUCACUGAAUCUUUAAAUGCUGCAACCUUACAUUCAUCCCCUCAUGCACACCAUGGCAGUGGCAAUAAUGAUACUGUGGCUCCAUCUAUUGAGGAAAACUUGUACCAUGAAGAAGACUAUGAAGAUGAGGCUGCUGGUUAUUAUAAUGACUGUCAUGAAGAAAGCUCUGAACUUGACCAACUAUGGGCUCUGUUUCCUAAUCAUGAAAGGAGCUAUCUUGAAGAACUUCUGGAAGACACUGGGUCUAUUGAAGCUGUGGCAGCCAUCUUGGCAGGAUGAUCGGAUUGGGAUGGAUUUUUUUUUUGUCUUUUUUUAUCUUUUCAUAAUACAAAGACAUUUCCAGAAAAGACUGUGCUGUUAUAAUAAUUAUUUUUUUAAUUGUUUCUUUUUGUUUUAAGUAAAACGUUGCAUACAUAUGAUAUAUUGACUGUGAUAUUUAUUUUUUUAUUUCUAUUUUUUUAUUUUUUGUUUUUUUGUUUUUUGCAAAUAUCAUGAAUAAAAGGUGGAUGGAAUAAUAUUGCA